UUUGUUCCAAAUGUUGGUGGGACGGGUUCCGAGGCGCACAGCACCGCCGGGCACCCGAGCGACUCUCCUCUCGCUCCCGGAGGCUGUGUGAGUGCUUUGCUCCCCCGUCUCCCGCCGCGCGUUGAAGGGCCACGCUGGGCGGCGCCGAGGGCGUCUGGGGUGCGCCCGCAUGGCCCCGGAUUCGCCCCCAUAAUGUUCGCAUGGGAUCCCCGCAGAAGCCAUUCUGAAGCCUCGGACCCCGCACUUUUCUCUCGUGGAUUACCGCUCUUGGGAAGCCGCCGGAGCUCCCUCGCUUCUCGUCCUCGUUCGACCCCGCACCAUGGCUUCGGGUCAGCCGGUCCCCGGGAGCUGGGGCUUCUUUGGAGAGCUCCCGUCGUCUUACGCGGCCGCUGCCAACUCCGAUCUCCUUCGGAGACCCAGCUAUUGCCACGCAGCCUUUGCCCUCAAGCAAAUCUCCAAGGGUAAAGCUGUUGGCCAGAAAGCCCCACUGUGGCUGCGGGCCCAGUUCCAGGCUCUGUUGUUUACACUGGGCUGCUGGAUCCAGCAUCAUUGUGGCAAAGUGCUUUUUGUGGGGCUGCUGGUCUUUGGGGCACUGGCAGUAGGGCUGCGAGUAGCCUCCAUCGAAACUGACAUUGAACAGCUCUGGGUAGAAG